UUCAAGACGCAUUAUUUGUGUAUUUGUGAACGUUUGCACAUAACUCAACUUUAAGCACUUGUCGGACAAGAUGACUCUAGCAGCAGUUUUAAUAUUCCUAAGUGCGUCUGUCACAGUAUACAGUCUACCUCAUCCACGUAUUACGGACCAAUCCUUAUACAAUUUUCCGUUUAUAUCUCGAGAAGAAUGGAGCGCAAACCCAGCACAAGGCGCUACAACGAAUCUUAACACACCGGUGCCAUACGUAGUUAUACAUCACUCGUAUCAGCCCGGAGCUUGCAACAGUACCGACGAAUGCUCUCGUGCGAUGAGAUCGAUGCAGAACUAUCACCAAUUCGGUAACGGCUGGGUGGACAUCGGUUACAAUUUUGCGGUUGGCAGCGAUGGACAGGCGUAUGAAGGACGAGGAUGGGGUCUUGUUGGCGCGCACGCGGCCGGCAUUAAUAGUCUUAGCAUUGGAAUUGUACAGAUCGGUGACUGGACUGUAACCGUCCCGCCUGAACAACAACUCCAAACAACAAAACAGCUGAUCGCAGCUGGCAUACAGAUGGGCAUCAUCAGUCCUAACUACAAGUUGAUUGGCCACCGACAAGUUAAAAAUACUGAAUGUCCCGGCGAAGCGCUUUUUGCAGAGAUCUCGACUUGGGAUCAUUUUGAUGCUGAAUUUCGGUUUCAACAUGGGAAAGUACCGCACUUUGAAAUUGAUCAUAUAAGGAAGGUUUUCAUAAACGAUCAUUAUAGUGAGCUUGAGGACGAACAAGACUUGGUGUUCUGUCGAACCAAUUCAGUUGAAAUGUCAGCUUUUAUAAUUUAUCAAGUUUUAGUGUUAUUAAUAGUUAAUAUGUAUGCUGUUAAUAGCCAUCCUAAACGUAUAGGUGAAGAAUCAUACGUUUUAUACUCGAGAGAUGACUGGGGUGCCAAACCGCCUACCGACGUAGAACCAUUAAAAACACCAGUGCCUUAUGUGGUCAUACACCACACGUACAUACCGGAGGCAUGUAACACAACAGAACAGUGCAUGGCUACGAUGCGAUCUAUGCAAAACUAUCAUAAUUCAUUAGAUUGGGGUGAUAUUGGAUAUAAUUUUUGCGUGGGUAGCGAAGGCGGAGCUUAUGAAGGAAGAGGCUGGCACACGAUAGGCAUACACGCUGGGCCUGCAAAUAGCUUUAGCAUUGGAAUCUGCCUCAUUGGAGAUUGGAGAGUCGAACAACCACCUGAAGAAAUGUUAAAGACGACAAAGGCUUUAAUAAAAACCGGUGUAGUUAACGGUGUAAUUAGCCCCGAUUACAAGUUAAAGGGUCACAGUCAAAUAAUGUCUACUGAAUGCCCUGGGACAGCGCUACAAAAUAUCAUAUCAAAGUGGGAUCACUUUUCAGAAGGAACUAAGUUUAAUAAACCACAAAUCAAAUAUCGUUAUAAGUGUACAUGUUACGGUAUCAGUUACCAGAUGUUGUUCCUUCUCGCACUAAUGCUGAGCUCACAGGGAUUGGCAGCUGUUGUUGGAGCGCCUACUAUGUUUACAAUGGAUCUUAUAGGGAACGAAGUGCAAACAUACGACUUUCCCUUUACAACACGAGCACAAUGGCAAGCGCGACCAGCUAAGGAAAAGUUGCCAUUAUCUGUGCCUGUGCCAUUCGUAGUGAUCCAUCACUCGAAUAUACCACCAGUGUGUCGUGAUAACAGACAAUGCUGUCAAUCUAUGAGGGAAAUGCAGAAUUUCCACAUGGAUGACAGACAUUGGUGGGACAUUGGAUACAAUUUUGCCGUAGGCGGAGACGGUGUGGCGUAUGAGGGAAGAGGAUGGGAUGUCUUGGGUGCACAUGCUCUGCAUUUCAACAACGUUAGCAUUGGAAUAUGCCUGAUUGGAGAUUGGUCAAAUUCAAUUCCACCGACUCAACAAUUAAAAACAGCACAAGCGUUGAUCGCAGCGGGAGUUGAAAUGGGUUACAUUAAAAACGAUUACAAGUUAGUUGGACACAGGCAAGUUAGAGACACUGAGUGCCCUGGAAAUGCUUUGUUCGAAGAAAUCCAGAACUGGAAUCAUUACUCGCCAUUCCCAUCUUCCGAGAACGAUUUAAUGAAGGUAUUUGAACAAUCAGGAUCUAGAUAACAAGGAACUAUAUAUUCAAAUUUUUUAUUUUAAUUUUGUCUUGUUUUUAUUCAUUCAUUUUUUUAAUACAUAAAUCUUUUACAUACAUACAUCUUUUAGCUAUAUCAAAGACGUGUAAUACUCAAAACCAUUGAAAAUAAUGCUAAAGAAAAAAAAUCUCUACCUACA